AUGCAAGCAUCAGUACCAUCCCUCAACACGGGCCGCUGGCUGAUACAUUUCGACUAUGACGCUUUCUAUGCAAGCGUUGUUGAGCACGAGGACCCGGCCCUCAAAGCCGUUCCAUUGAUCAUCCAGCAGAAACAAAUAGUCUGCACCUGCAACUACAAGGCGAGGGAAAGGGGAGUCUAUAAGCUGCAAUUGAUGACCGAUGCGGUCAGAAUAUGUCCUGAAGCCGUAGUCAUCCUGGGAGAGGACCUUACUCGGUUCCGGGAUGCUUCCAAAGCACUGUACGGCUUUUUGCGGGAGCGAAUAUGGAGUGAUCGCGCUGAGCGCCUGGGCUUCGAUGAGGUCUGGCUUGAUUGUACUGAUAUGAUUGACUACAAUGCAAAGCUCCUCAGUCAGAACGAUUUGACUAAUUCCUUCUUCUGCAUGGACCGGGAUGACCCUACGAUCGGAUUCGCCUUCGAUGCAACGGCGCUCUUCGGCCAGACUCAGCCAGCCAUAGCGAGUGAAGGCGUUCUUCUAGACGAGGACCGUCUCCGACUGCAUCUGGCAUCACAUCUCGCACGGCAUCUACGACAUGAGCUGGAAUCGCAGGUCGGAUACACAGCAACAGUUGGGAUAGGUCCGAACAAGGUCCUGUCAAAGCUUGUUGGAAAUGUCAACAAGCCGCACAACCAAACGACAAUCAUCCCACCUUAUGAACCACUUGGCACACCCACAUCGAAUGUAACUCAGUUCAUCGACGCACACGAUAUCGGCAAGAUACCUGGAAUCGGAUUCAAGCUCGCGCAGAAGAUCAGGUCAAAAGUGCUGGGGCGUACUGCCGUCAUUAAUGAGGGAUUGGUUAUGGUCAAUGCCAGCACGAAAGAGUCUGUCUCGGUUGGAGAUGUAAGGAACUACCCGGGCAUGGGUCCGGAGAUGCUCGAGGAGGUACUCGGUGGACCAGGUGCGCAGAAAGGUAUUGGAGGCAUGGUAUGGGGCUUGCUGCAUGGAGUCGACAAUACUGAGGUCAAGAAAGCGCGCCGCGUCCCUGCAUCCAUAUCACAGGAGGACUCCUACAUGAAGUAUCUGCAUAAUUUCGAUGAGGUGCGCAAGCAGCUCUUGUUGCUGAGUGAGAGACUCAUUAAUCGCAUGCGAGUCGAUCUAACCGAGGAUGACGAAGACGAUGCGAGCACUAAACGAUGGAUGGCACAUCCGAGAACGCUGCGACUGUCCACACGACCGCGACCUCCUAGGGAUGCUGAUGGUGUGCGCCCACGAACCUUUCAUCGAAUAUCAAAGUCUGCGCCGUUGCCCAACUUCGUAUUCAAGCUUGACGAGCAGAUGUCUGGGCUGGCUGAGAAGUUAGUCAACGAGGUCUUAACUUCGCUUUUUCGCAAGAUGCAUGUCGAAUCCAGUCAGGGCUGGAAUAUCUCCCUCAUCAACAUUGCUGUGACGAACAUGGCGGAGAGCGCAGCGGAUACCAAAGACAGCGAAGGCAGAGACAUUGGAAGAAUGUUUCGUCGGCAAGAUGAUAUCCUGAAGGACUUUCGAGUGGUCGAAGAGUCCGAGGCAGGCAAUACUGACGAUCCCGUCGCUGCGCACCCGGACGACGGCAUGUCGUCCUGGGACUCUGACAAUGACGAUGAGGACUCGGAGCCAUACGCAUGUCCUGACUGUCAGGCUCAUAUACCAUCUUUCGCGUGGGCUGCUCACCAGCAAUUCCACAUAAUGGCAGCCACCUAA